AGACAACCUGCUUUUCAGAAUACACACAUCAAAACAUGAAGCAAAAGAUUGUGAUGAAGGUCUACAUGCAUUGCCAGAAGUGCCGGACGAAAGCACUUGAGGUUGUAGCUGGAACAAAUGGCGUUAAUUUCGUGGGCAUAGAGGGAGAAGGCAAAGAGAACGUGGUGGUGAUUGGGGAUGGUGUCGAUACUGUUAAGUUGGCUAAAUGUUUGAGAAAAAAGGUUGGUCCAACUGAUGUUAUCAGCGUAGCAGAGGUUAAAGGCAAUUAGACAUUACAUACGAGACGACCGUGGCCAAGUUAUGAUUGUUUUUGGUUCUGUGUUUUGUUUUCUUCCAAAUUUCUCUUGGUUUCUUGGGGAGCUUCAAUGUGGAGCCCUAAUAAACUGGUUAGCAUCAUGCCGUGACCAUUCAUUAGUUUCUCUACACAAUUGAAACCCUCCCACCUCAGGCAUGCAUAUACAGAGAGCGCAUUUCCGGAGUCCGACAAUAAAUAUAUUUUGUAAAAAAAGUUGUGCUAAUUGAAUAUUUUUUUAGUA